AGGGUUUUUGUGGGAACACAAUGACCAUAAUAUUAUUUUUGGUCGACACAUCCGCGUCGAUGUGCCAGAAAGCUUAUGUGAAUGGCGUACAAAAGUCUUAUCUGGAUAUAGCAAAGGGAGCAGUGGAAACAUUUUUGAAAUACCGUCAACGAACACAAGAUUGCCUAGGUGAUCGUUAUAUGCUAUUAACUUUUGAAGAACCGCCAGCAAAUGUGAAGGCCGGCUGGAAGGAGAAUCAUGCAACAUUCAUGAAUGAGCUGAAAAAUCUUCAAAGCAAUGGACUUACCUCAAUGGGCGAGUCAUUAAAGAAUGCUUUCGAUUUAUUAAAUUUAAAUCGUAUGCAAUCGGGUAUCGAUACCUACGGUCAGGGUAGAUGCCCAUUUUAUCUAGAACCGUCUGUAAUAAUUGUGAUCACCGAUGGUGGAAGAUAUUCGUAUCGUAAUGGCGUACAUCAGGAGAUCAUACUGCCGCUUAAUACACAAAUACCCGGUACAAAUUUUACCAAAGAACCCUUUCGCUGGGAUCAACGACUCUUCUCAUUAGUACUGCGCAUGCCUGGUAAUAAAGUGGAUGAGCGAGUUGAGGGUAAAGUACCACAUGAUGAUUCGCCCAUAGAGCGUAUGUGUGUGGUGACGGGUGGACGUUCGUAUCGUGUGCGUUCACAUUACGUACUGAAUCAAUGCAUUGAAAGUUUAGUGCAGAAGGUGCAACCGGGCGUUGUGUUGCAAUUUGAGCCAAUGCUACCGAAAGAUGGUGUGCCAAAUGAAGCGCUGCAGGAUAUCAUAUUUCAACCCAUGAAGAAAAUGAUCUACGUGCAAAAGCACAUUACACAAAAGACCUUCCCCAUUGGAUAUUGGCCACUACCCGAACCCUAUUGGCCGGAUCCGAAAGCAGUGUCAUUGCCGCCGCGUGAUGCACAUCCCAAAUUGAAAGUAGUUACACCCGCAGUCGACGAACCGCAAAUGGUGCGUAGCUUUCCCGUUGAUAAGUAUGAGAUCGAAGGCAGUCCGCUGACAUUGCAAAUAUUGCAAAAGCGUGAGAUGAACAAGUGUUGGCAGGUCAUAAUAUCGAAUGGUAUGCAUGGAUUUGAUUUGCCAUUUGGCUAUUUGAAGGCUUCACCAAAUUUCACACAGGUCCAUUUGUACGUAUUGGCAUAUAAUUAUCCGGCUCUACUGCCGUUGCUCCAUGACCUCAUACACAAGUACAACAUGAGUCCGCCGAAUGAUCUCAUGUAUAAAUUUAAUGCUUAUGUACGCUCAAUACCGCCAUAUUACUGCCCGUUUUUGCGAAAAGCAUUACUAAAUAUUAAUGUACCGUAUCAGCUACUCCAGUUUUUAUUGCCGGAAAAUGUCGACAACUACUUGUCGCCGAACAUCGCUAACCAGUUGAAGCAUAUCAAGAACACGGCCAAGCAAGAACAAGAAAAUCUCUGUAUGAAGGUGUAUAAGCAGUUGAAACAGCCAAAACCGCCGUAUCGACAAAUUGAAACUGCUAAACUAAAUCCGGGUGUACCCUUGCGACGUGACCUGGUUCGUCACCCAUUGUUGAGAGAAACAUUUUCCAAACUUCAUGCUGAGAUCGAGCCACUUGAAAAUUACACUAUAGUCGUACCCCAACUAACGCGUCAAUCUUCGGCGAAAUCGUAUCGCAAUCCGUUCGACAUACCACGCCGUGAUUUGUUGGAAGAGAUUGCGCGCAUGCGCGAAACUGUGCUUCGAUCAACUCCAACCAGCCUUAUAGCAAAAGAUUCCGGUCACUGCCUGCCCAUUGCUGAAAUGGGUAAUUAUCAGGAAUAUCUGAAAAAUAAGGAUAAUCCUCUGCGCGAAAUUGAACCGACGAAUGUGAGACAGCACAUGUUCGGCAAUCCCUAUAAAAAGGAUAAACACAUGGUCAUGGUGGACGAGGCAGAUCUCAGUGAUGUAGCGCCAAUGAAAUCAAAUAACGGUGCUGGUGGAUCACCAAUGCCAGGUGUGCCUGGUGGCAUUAUGCCGAAGAAAAUAGAUACAUCGAGAGCGCGCAAACGCAAAGCAGGUCCCAUACGUAAGGACUACAUAUUUCGGCGUACUUCUACGGAUGUGCGACCCAGCACACCGAGUUUGAGCAUGACAUCUGUGAAUUCUUUGAGCUUAUCUGUUUCUUCGCUAUCCGACUUUGAUGAUGAUAGCGCUUCAGAAACCGGUUCUAUGUCGUCCAAUAUGUCCGAUGAUGGCGAUCCGGAUCGGCUCGUGGUGGCAUUCGAUUUCAAUGAAGACGAGCCUGCUGAUCCGCUAAUUAAUGGAUAUGUGCGUAAUUUUAUCAAUGGCAUUAGUGAUGAAAGCAGCUGCGAUUCAGAUAUGAGUGGUCCCCCUACAAGUCCGUUGAACUCAACGACUGGCAUCAGCCUGGGAGCGAUCGGCGCACCACCGUUACCGCCUGUGGUACAAAUACCAGGUAAUAACAAUGUAUUGACACCCAUGUCACCGCCGGGCUCGCCACAACCCUAUAUUAAUAAUUAUGGUCAGCCAAUUAUGGCGUCUGCAGAUAUGUCACCUGCCACUGUUAGCGCCGUAGUAACACCAAAUAUGAUGGCCAAUAUCAACCCAACAAUAACAUCGAAUGCAUUCCCGUCACCACUUCAGAUGAACGGCAACGUCGCGCUCAGUAUUCAAACUGCGACAUCUCCGCUAGCAUCGCCCAUGCCCAUAGCUCCGCCAACGGCAUCCGCCACUCUGUCCCAAACACCUGCCUAUCAACACAACGAUAUUAAUGAUGCACAGGAGAUCUCGCGUAUACUACAACAAUGUCACAAUGGCAAUUCGGCCAUUUCAAAUGCAAACACCGCGACGAAUCUUGAUAAUAUAGCAGUCACAGUUGGCCAAAUCAAAAUAGAAACAGAAUCGACGUUAAUGCCACCACCAUCAAUUGCGCCAAGCAAUUCUUCUGCACCAGUGACGCUCUCUGCCAAUUUCGACACUCUGAAACGCGAAUCAAUCACAAAUAAUGCGGCGAGCAUAAGUAAUUCUAAUCAUUUAUCAAAUCACAACAACAAUUUAAGCAAUAAUAUUGGUAAUGGCGCUAGUCAGCGGAAUACAGUCGUGGCCUCAGGGCCUCCACCGCUCACCGAAGAGCAGCGUGAUGCAGCACGCAAACAUAAUCUGGAAAUAAGAACGCAAGUCUUUCGCGAUAUACGUCGACCCGGUCGUAAUUAUACGCAACUCUUGGAGCAUCUCAAUUUGAUUAAAGGUGAUUUAGAUAUGAAAUCGAAUUUCAUUAAAAUGUGCAUUAGCGAAUCGAUGCGUUUCCGGCGGAAGCAAAUGAUCAAUAGCAUACAGGACUGGUGGGAACAGAAGCAACAACAAUUACAGGCAGCAGCAGCAACAACAACGACGACGACGACGCCGACGACGGUGGCGGCGGCGACUAGUUAACAAUUACUGCUUUGGAAUAUCAAUUGAAGCAAUGAUUAAUGCGCCAUUUACACAGGCAAUCGAAAGAGUUUCUGUUACAAUGUGCCCUUGAAUCAAAAAAGAUCAUCAUCGUAGACCACCGAGCCACCGGCUGAUCUUAUCAAAUGGAACAUUUAAGCCCCAAAUGUGUACAAGAAGAUUGUUGCAUGCCAAAUGGAAAUGAAGUCAACCACGCAUAAGUGUGUAUGUGUGUUUGUGUUGUACAAAUGUGUUUGUAUGUACUCGGUUAUAAGUGUGGAGGGCGAGUGGGUGGUGUUGCUACUGUUUUCGUUAAAGAAAAUAUGGUGGUUCUUCAAAAAAACAAAAAACAAAAAAAGAAAAAAAAACAAAAAAAAAAACGGAAUAAAAACAAAAAAGGGUGGGCAUGGAGACUACUAUGUAAUGCGAUUCUUACUCUAGCUGUCCGUGAUCGUCAAAAACAAGCUGUGUUGGUGUGCGUGUUUGUGAUAUUUUAAGGAAGUAACUGCAGGCCAUCAAACCUGUAGUAGAGCAUAAAAUCAUUAUAUGCGGCAUAUAUUUAUACCAGCCCAGUCCAGAGCACCGGCUAGAUUAGAGUUGUUAGCUUUUCCACACACUUUAGGCGAAAUUAUUUUUUGUAGCUUACAUAUUUGGAAUUUUUUGAAACAAACGACAGCAAGUUGUGUGCAGUUUCUUAUUAAGAAUUUAUCAUAAAUCCAUUGGAAAUGAGCAAUUUUGUUAAUUAACGCUAGCAUAAAGUAAUUGCUGAACAUCUCAUAAAAGUUGUUGUAAAAAAUCGUAAAUAUUUAUCAAAUUUGCAGAAAAUAUUAGGGCAUACAUUUUAAAAAAAAUUUUUUUUAGCGUAAUUAUAGAAAUUUCUAAAGUUGCUAUUCAUUGUUAAUAACGUUUGAUGUAUGAGCAAAAAUUACGUCAUUUGCUUCAUACUUUAAUAAAUUUUAAAUAACUAAUGCAAUUUGUUCCCAAAAUCUGAUCAAAUAUAAUAUAUUUAUGGAUAUUUUUUUUUCAAAUUGUUAGGAUUCUUCAUUCAACUAUUUAGUGUUGCUAUUCCAAUGCGAUUUCCAGUUCUGUGUACAUUUUAACGAUCUCUUAAGUCGACUGAUUUCUUUUUUUUUUUUUUUUGCUAAAAUAAAAAAAAGUGCUUUCACUAGUGAUCUGAUUGAGCUGCACUAUUCCGAUAACAUACAGAUUGUUUGGCACAUAUAAACGUAUUAAGUUACCCCACCAGUGCACACUUUUUUUUCUUAUUUUUUUUUUUUUUUGUAAAGUUUGGCUUUUACUGUUUUUCUUCAAAAGAAAUUAAGAGUAUAGGCUGAUACGUUACUUGAAGACAAAUUAGACGACCACGCCCACAAACCUAUGGAUCUAGGUAUAUACAAGCAAAAACAAAUGGAAUUUACAUGUACAUAUAGUCAACUUGUCAUUUGGGUAAUUAAGAUUGUCUCCAUUUUCAAGCAACCACUUAAAGACAAACGUGAUUUCGCUGCUUUAGUAGAAUAAAAAAGUAGUUAUUUUUCUGUGUUUGAAACAAAUUCCUUUAAUAAAACAAUUAAUAUUCUUAUUAAGUUUAAAUAUCGAAAACGAGUGUGAGGGGAAAUUUUGCGAUUUGCUCUAAAAAAAAGGAUAAAUUAAAUCUGAAGAAAUAUAUGAAAUAAAAGUAAAAUAAAUAA